AGCCCCUCCGCGCCCCCCACCUCAAUUUCUCAGCCGCCACCAACCAUGCGCCUUUGGAUUUGGGGUUUCUGCCUAAGGAACAGCUGACGAUGUGGAGUGAAGCCGUGGAUCAGGAGCCAGAUACAAACUAUUAAGAGAAAGGAGACACCAAGGAGCUAGUUUUCCCAAGAGGAAAAGAGGAAGGGGGGGGGGGGAGAAAAAAAGAGAGACGAGGUCAUCUUGAGCACUAGCGGCUUGAAACCGCCACCAUGGGCUGCGCUCCCAGCAUCCACAUCUCAGACAGCAGGGUGGUUUAUCACAGUAACAAAGAGACGGAGGACUCGAACUCGUCGCAGCAGCAGCAACAGCAACAACAACAACAGCAAGGCAACCCUGUCUCUGGAUUAUUCAUUAAAUCUUCCAACACCUCCACGUACAAGUUGAGGACUAAUCCUUCCAAGAAAGACAAGCAGGACAACAUGGAGGGGGAGUCUCGGACGAGCAGAUCCAGUGUUAAGGCAGCGGGAACAGAUGUGCAGUUUGGGCCGAUGAGACUCCACCAAGAUCAACUUCAGGUACUUCUAGUGUUUGCCAAAGAAGACAACCAGAGUAAUGGAUUCUGCUGGGCAUGUGAGAAAGCUGGAUUUCGGUGUAACAUUGCCAGGACGCCGGAAUCUGCUCUCGAGUGCUUUCUGGAGAAACACCAUGAAAUCAUCAUUAUUGAUCAUAGGCAUUCGAAAUACUUUGAUGCAGAGGCUCUAUGCAGGUCCAUUAGAACAAGAAAGCCGUCCGAAAACACUGUUAUCAUUGGUGUAGUGAGGAGGCAUGCAGAUCGUGAAGAAUCCUCGAUAUUACCCUUCAUUUCUGCUGGCUUCACGAGGAGAUACGUAGAAAAUCCCAACAUCAUGGCCUGUUACAACGAACUCAUUCAGCUGGAAUUUGGAGAAGUGCGGGCACAAUUCAAACUAAGGGCUUGUAAUUCAAUCUUUACAGCGUUAGAGAAAAGUCAAGAAGCCAUUGAGAUUACAAGUGAAGACCAUGUAAUACAGUACGUAAAUCCUGCGUUUGAAACCGUGAUGGGCUAUCAGAAAGGCGAAUUAAUAGGAAAGGAUCUAACAGAAGUGCCUACAAAUGAAAAAAAAGCUGAUUUCCUUGACACUAUUAAUUCUUGCAUCAAGAUCGAAAAGGAAUGGCAAGGAACCUACUACACUAAGAAGAAAAAUGGAGAGAGUAUACAACAAAAUGUGAAGAUCAUACCUGUCAUUGGACAGGGAGGAAAAAUUAGACACUAUGUGUCACUUAGUAGACCAUGCAAUGACAACAGUAAGGCUGAAAGGGUCUGUGAACGUGUCCAAGCUGAGUCCCAGACAGAUAUCCAGAGCUGCAGGCACAAAGACAGGAGGAAAGGCUCUUUAGAUGUCAGAUCAACCACUUCUCGGGGCAGUGAUGGCAGUUCACAGAGAAGGCAUUCCUCUAUGGCCAGAAUACAUUCCAUGACUAUUGAAGCACCCAUUACCAAGGUAAUAAAUAUUAUCAAUGCUGCACAAGAAAGUAGUCCCAUGCCGGUUGCUGAAGCCUUAGAUCGAGUUCUUGAGAUCCUGAGGACCACUGAAUUGUAUUCUCCACAACUUGGGACGAAAGAUGAAGACCCACAUACGAGUGACCUUGUUGGAGGUUUGAUGACAGAUGGCCUACGAAGAUUAUCAGGGAAUGAAUAUAUAUUAUCAGCAAAACAAACUCAUCAGGUCCCGGGCAGUUUAAUUUCGCCCAUCUCCCUCAAUGACAUACCACCACGGAUAGCAGAAGCAAUGGAAAAUGAGGAAUACUGGGACUUCAACAUCUUUGAAUUGGAAGCAGCAACCCAUAAAAGACCUUUAGUUUACCUUGGUCUCAAAAUGUUUGCCCGCUUUCGGAUCUGCGAGUUCCUCAAUUGCUCAGAGUCGACUCUGCGAUCGUGGCUGCAAGUCAUCGAAGCCAACUACCAUUCGUCCAACUCAUACCACAACUCGACUCACUCUGCUGAUGUGCUGCACGCCACGGCCUAUUUCCUUUCCAAGGAAAGGGUCAAACAAACCUUGGAUCCCAUUGAUGAGGUUGCCGCUCUGAUUGCUGCCACUGUUCAUGACGUGGAUCAUCCAGGCCGAACAAAUUCCUUCCUGUGCAAUGCAGGAAGUGAGCUGGCCAUUUUGUACAAUGACACGGCAGUGUUGGAGAGCCAUCAUGCCGCCUUGGCCUUCCAGAUCACCACACGGGACGAUAAAUGCAAUAUUUUUAAAAACAUGGAGAGGAAUGAAUACCGAACCCUCCGGCAGGCCAUUAUCGACAUGGUCCUGGCCACAGAAAUGACCAAGCACUUUGAGCACGUCAACAAGUUUGUCAACAGCAUCAACAAGCCGCUGGCAGCGCUUGAAGAAAACGGGGGUGCAAACGGAGAUAGCGAUUCCAUCAAAACCGUCCUCACGUCUCCCGAAAACCGGAUCCUGAUCAAACGCAUGCUAAUUAAGUGUGCUGAUGUUUCCAACCCAUGUCGGCCCCUGGAGCAGUGUGUCGAGUGGGCAGGCCGCAUCUCUGAGGAAUAUUUUGCACAGACAGAUGAUGAGAAAAGGCAAGGGUUGCCUGUUGUGAUGCCUGUUUUUGACCGGAAUACUUGUAGCAUCCCCAAAUCUCAAAUAUCCUUCAUUGAUUAUUUCAUCACGGACAUGUUUGACGCUUGGGAUGCCUUUGCAGACCUUCCAAAUCUGAUGCAGCAUCUAGACAACAACUUCAAAUACUGGAAGGGGCUGGACGACAGGAAGCUACGGACCCUCCGACCGCCCCCAGAAUAGCAACCGGGCCUCUUGGUGGUGUGAACAUUGCCCAUCUGGAGGCGUUCCUACAAACUUGCAUUUGAGAAUGCAUUUUCAGAUUUGUUUUGGUCUCUUCAGUAUUACAGCAAAGGCCUUCCUGUACACAGCUUCGGAGAACUUGGGCGUUCUAAGAAUGUCUUGAGGUCAGCAGUGGACUCUUGUCAACCUCCCACCUAGGGACUCUGUGUUGAGUGAGCCUUUCAAGUUGAAUUACACUGGACGGCUGCUACGCCUGUACUGAAGAGUGUGUGAAAGCGAACCUUUUUGGGGGGUUUAGUCUAAUUUUUGGCAUUCUCUUCAUGCCAGAUUUUCAAAGCUUGAAGAUAGCCUCCUCCUUAUAAAAGAGACAAUUUUAACACAUUAAUCGGAUCUACAAGUGAAGGCGAACAUCUCCAUCGGUGGUGAUGUCUCAACAGUUAUGAGGAUACUUUUUAAUGAGCACUUAAAGGAAAGGAAGAAAAAACCCAGUUACGUUGAACAAUAUUUGACAUGCAAACCCUUUAUGAAGGAUUUGGGGGGGGGGAAUCUUCUGGAAAAUGGACAUAGCUCUAUUUUUUCACAUCGCAGAAGGCGCAAUCAUUCACUUCUGAGCACUACUGAGAGCCAGGUCUCUUUAAAAUGAAUUUAGUAGCAAAUGUAAACAAACGAACCCACCCAACCUGCAAAUCUUUUGAAGCUGAUCGUUAGACAUCUUUGAUUAAAAUAUGUUUUAUUUA